AUGGGCUGGCUGCAUCGUCUCUGCCUGUCUCUGCCUGCUUCUGCCGGCUCGUCCUAUUCGUCCUAUUUGCUCACCUGUCAUCAUCCUCACGCUAGCCGCUUUCUGCUAGUUGCAAAAAAUCAUGGAUCAUGCACGCCGCUCACAUCCAUCCUUGAUCCGACCCUCUCGAUAUGCCCGUCAUGCCCGUCAGUCGUCUUCAUUGGCAACGCCCGAAAUCCACCGCUCCGGGAUGCGCCUGCAGCCAUUCGGGGAUCGAGCGAGUCGGAGUGUGCACGCCGCCGCAGUUGGCAUGCUCCUGUUCAUGCUGCCGUCUGCUCAUCUGUCGCUCCCGUCAAUCAAUGA